UAUUUUAUAUUCGCGCGCAAUCAAUCGCCAUCUCAUCACCAUAACACCUGCGCGAAAAGGGGAAAAAUUUCAGAAGUAAGAGAGAAAGGAGGAGACACUUCUUCCGUUAUCGGUCGCCCAAUCAUUUUCUGGCAGUGGGCGACGAAUUCGAAAAGGGUCAAAAAGAGUGAAAGCUGUGGCAUCUGAAACCUGUGUAUUAAGUAUUUCUACAUCUGCCCUCGUUUUCCUUUUUUUUUUUUUUUUGUAAAAGUUUCUCUUGGGGAGAAAGGUUGAGUUUGGAAGUAAUGGCGAAAGCAGGAGGGAUCACAAACGCCGUGAACGUGGGAAUCGCUGUUCAAGCUGAUUGGGAAAAUCGGGAGUUCAUCUCCCACAUCUCUCUCAACGUCCGUCGUCUCUUCGAAUUCCUCGUCCAAUUCGAGGCCACAACAAAGAGCAAGUUGGGAACGUUGAAUGAGAAGCUGGAUUUGCUGGAACGCCGACUUGAAAUGCUGGAGGUUCAAGUUGGUACUGCAACUGCCAACCCUUCUCUUUUCGCCAUUUAAAUUGUUCAUAUUUGUUAGCAUCAAUUAAGCUUGUUGUAUUCUUACUCAGAAAGAACCAUUCAUCAUCAUCUUUGUUAGUUCUUGGAACUUUAUCCUCUUUCUCUCGGCGGUUCUUGUCCAUUCAUAAUCGAUCAAUCUUUGCUUGUUCUUGUAA